AUUUUACUUCCGUCAAAAUGGUGGAGAUUGGAAAAAUAUUUCGUUGUCAAAUUUCAAACAAAAAAUGUUAAUUAACUCCAUGUUUAGCUAUUUUAUAUCACUCUAGAUACAUUUAAUCAUGUUUAGUAAACAGAAAGGCUGGUUUAUUGGCGGUAUGGGGAAACCCAAAAACACACAUUCGUUAGAAAAUCUCAAGUACCUUCAUGCCAUAUUAUGUAAAAACCAGACUGUUACUGAACACAACAGGAGCCUACUGGUAGAGACCCUUCGUUCUAUAUCAGAGAUCCUUAUCUGGGGAGACCAGAAUGAUAGCACUGUCUUUGAUUUCUUCUUAGAGAAGAACAUGUUGGCGUUCUUCAUACGCUACAUGAGGCAGAAGUCAGGACGUUACAUCUGCGUGCAACUCCUACAGACUCUUAACAUUCUGUUUGAGAAUAUUAGUAAUGAGACUUCAGUGUAUUACCUGCUGUCCAAUAACCAUGUUAAUUCAAUCAUAAUCCACAGAUUCGACUUUUCUGAUGAAGAGGUGAUGGCGUAUUACAUUUCAUUCCUAAAGACGUUAUCACUGAAGUUAAACAAACAUACGAUACAUUUUUUCUACAACGAACACACAAAUGACUUUGCGUUGUACACUGAAGCAAUCAAGUUCUUCAACCACUCAGAGACCAUGGUCAGAAUUGCAGUCAGAACCAUCACACUAAAUGUAUACAAAGUGGAGGACCAAGCAAUGCUGAGGUAUAUUAGAGACAAGACAGCAGCCCCAUACUUUUCUAACCUGGUAUGGUUCAUUGGGAACCAUAUUCUACAGCUAGACAGUUGUGUGCGCAACGAUGCUGAUCAUCAGAGUAGGGACCGUUUAGCUGACAUAGUGGCUGAACACUUGGACCAUUUACACUACCUGAAUGACAUCUUGUGUCUGAAGAUAGAUGCCCUGAAUGAUGUGCUGUCAGACCAUCUGUUGAACAGGCUUCUCAUUCCUCUCUAUGUCUACUCUCUCACCAAGAGAAAGAAAUAUAGCAGCCGUGUGGACCAGCGUCCACACAUCAGUUCUGUGGUGUCUCUAUUCCUCCUCUCUCAGGUAUUUCUCAUCAUCUCACAUGCACCUCUAGUGAGACAACUCGCUGACAUCAUACUGAAUGGUGACAUUACAUACACAAUGGCUAGUGCCCAGUCAAGCCCUGCGAUCAAGGGUCGGGGUUGGACAAGGGGGUUCAUAGAACCUGAAGAGCCACUAGCCCAGACCCUAGAGAACAACAGGGGAGGAGGACGUCCCUUGAGGAGGCCUAACUAUAGAGACGAGGAAGAGGAGGGGGUACAGCGGAGGGGGGAGGGAGCCUCAAGAAGGGAGGGGACCCAAAGUGGCAAUUCCACAUUCUACACAGAUGAAGAAGAACCUGUGCAUGAAGCUGUUGAAAGUACACAGGAGACAGUCGAGGCAGAAUCCUCUGAGGCUCCGACCCCUCCGUCUGUUAAUGACUCAUCAGUGGAGCCAUCUAUACAAGAUGCCAAUAUCACAGAUGAAGAGAAGUUACGUUCAAGAAGUUUAGUCGCAAGAGAUGAUGAUGUCCCUGUUGCCGUGGAAACAAGCUCUGCUACUAUAGAAACACAAGAGUCUUCAGUUGUUGAGGAGGAUAUUUCAGUUUCAACUGAGGAGGAAAGACCAGAGUCUGCAUUUGAUUUAAAACAAAAGGAUUUUACUCUUGUAAACAGACCAUAUUUGGAGGCAGUAUUUACAGCACUUGAGUGCACAGAGAAUGAUUAUGAGGCACUUUUUGCUUUGUGUUUACUGUAUGCACUUGGACACAAUGAAGGCAUAAACCAAGAAUUGUUGGACACAGUACUGAUGACGUCAGAUAAGUCUCCGCAUAAGUCUAUGUAUAACAAGUUACUCAUGGAACAGCUCAUCAAAAUUGUCUCUCUAAGCUGUCAUAAUGGGUCCAAAGUGAGGCUGGCCACGCUAGAGAUGUCAUUGCUCCUAGUGAAACAGUUGGUGCUUGCACAAGACCGCUGCUAUCUCCAAGAUCGUCACCUUGCCUGUAUAGAGGGUGCUAGAGAGGAAGCCAUGCUUUUGUUGCGCAACUUUUAUAAGAGUGAAGAAAUAUUCCUGGAUAUGUUUGAGGAUGAAUAUAGGGAGUUUCAGAAAAAGCCUCUGAAUGUUGAGUAUCUAACAAUGGAUGCAUCCAUAUUGUUGCCUCCAACUGGUACCCCCCUCACAGGGAUAGAAUUCAGCAAGAGGCUGCCCUGUGGUGAAGUGGAGCGUGCACGGAGGUCAAUCCGUGUAUACUUCCUGCUACGGGACCUCUCUCUGAAGCUUCAGAACCAGGAUGAGAGCCAGCUCCCAUUGACAAGAAAUGAUGAAUGUGUAAAAGUUGGCGAUGUGCUUGAUCUCAAUAACAGUGACCUCAUAGCUUGCACUGUCAUUAACAAGGACAAUAAAAAGGAGAGAAGGUUCUUAGUAAUCGAUGUGCUACAACUUAUCCUGGUGGAGCCAGAUACACGAAGACUCGGCUGGGGAGUCGUCAGAUUUGUUGGAUUUUUACAGGAUGUUGAAGUCGCAGGAGACAAAGAGGACAGUAGAUCUCUACAUGUCACCAUCCACAAACCCGCAAAAUCUAUGCACGCUAAACCAUUCCCUCUUCUAGCUGCAAAGUUUAUGUUCGAUGACCAUAUAAGGUGUAUGGCUGCCAAACAAAGGCUCUCAAAGGGUAGAAUCAGAGCGAGGCAGCGUAAAAUGCAAAUGAUUGCCAGAUUAUUGGAGAUACCCAACCAGGGUUCAGAUGGUCAGUUUCAUAUGGCGAAUGUUCCGAGUUAUGCUCGAUCAGCCUCAGGAAUCCCUAUACCUGGGCGCGUGCGUCAGAUGAUUCCACGUAAUUCAUCAGAUUCUCAAAUUCCCCGUAGACAGCAGGGCAAUGUUGAACGUUCUGUUUUCCAGUCUGUUGAUAAUGUUCCAGCAUUCAAUUCUGCACGGCAAAGAGAAGCUCGUCAUAGUGAGAGAUAUACAAGCAGGGGUGUCCAUCGUGCCCAAUCCCAACCUCAGGCCAUGACAUCACAACCUGUGGGUGUGUCUUCAGUAUCACUGGACUUAUCAGCCAAUCGCAGUGAUUCUGACAUUGAACAAGCCCUGGAUGCAACGUCACCUUCAGCUUUCGCAGUUCAAACCCUGAAUAAUGUUGAACCUGAAAAUGAGGCUAAUGGACGUCACAGUAGAAAUUCCUCUGAUGGUGUGUCGCAUAUUGAGAUUCCAUUGGAGGAUAUGUCUAGAGAUAGGACACCUGUCGAAGAAAGUCCUAUCCCAUCAGGUCCAGUACGGAGGACAAGCUCUCCUUCACUCAGGGGCAGACCAGGAACACGGAGUCCAAGACGCACUCGUAGCUCAUCUAGCCCUGUACCCCCACCCCCUAGCUCAAUAUCCCCACGUCGUAGUCCCCUUACAGUGGACUCUAAAAAAAUUAGUCCGAGGUCAUCAGUUGUACAGAGUCUCAGUAUCAGCCCCAAGAGGAAUCGUGCCAGAUCUCUCCCUACACCCCCAGACCAGGCAGAAAGUUGCCUUAAUUCUCCACCCUCAGAAUCCCCACCCUCAGGGCUACCCCAAGGUAACCUAUCUAAGCUACAGGUCACUAGAGUAAGGAGUACAUCCGGAGGCUCCCCCAAGACCCUUCUGCCUGCACCAACAGCCCCUGUGUCCCUGAUUCCAGAUUGUGAUGUCACAAUACCAAGUGCUAAAAUCUUGCCUCCAACUGAGACACCCAGCCAUGUUACACCUGAAUAUGCAAUACAAAGCCAGACAGACAAAACUGAAGAUAAAACCAACAAAACAGCUAAAGAUGCUGGAAAUACAACUCCUGGGACAAAACAGGAACAAACAAAUGAGUCGAACAAUAAAUCAAAUAUUCCUAAUACAACCACUAGUAUACCCCAAGACCUAGGUAUAGGGAAGCAAUCUAUUAAUGUUCAAGCCAGUCAAGUUAGUGCCACCCCUGAUGUUCAAGAUAGUCCUAAACAUGAACAAAAAGCUACUGACCAGCUUGCUAAAGUUGCCCAAGCUGGAGAGAAUCAGGCUGACUUCAAUGCUCAGCCAGAUGGCAUCGCUAUGGGAACCUUAGAGAACAAACAAAGUGAAACAGAAAUUGAUGUGGAAAUUGGCAAAGAUGAAAAUGCAAUAGAAAAUAUUGUUACACCAGAAGGAAUAGUUUAAUAAGCUAUUAUUAUGUCAUUGCUGGGAUCUCUGUAUUCUGAUUGGUCUUUGAAGCAUCAUGUGAUCAGAAAUAUCACAACACAUUUCCCCAUUUCACUCCUCCCAUAAUUUUUGAAUUGGUAAAUAUAUGUUGCCCCACAUAUCGAUCACUUGUAAAUUCUGAUUCUGGGGAAUGCCCAACAAUGGAAUAAUAAAACAAAUAUUUCAUUUUAUGAUUUUGCAAUACCACUUGCACAUUCAAUAAAUUUUGAAAGGAUGUAUUGUCCUUGCACCAUUGCUUGUGGGUAUUACACAAUAUAGUUACACUCUAGAAAAUUAUUGAAAGAUAAACAGGUAUUGCCCACAGAAUGAAAUAUUUCCUCAGUAUUUUUCUAGUUGUAUUAUGAUUAAGAAAAUGGCUACCUUGGAGGAUUUGAAUCACCUGUAUUCCUUCAAUUUUUUGGUGACCCUUGCUCUCCAUAUUAAACAUUAUUUAUCUUUUUUUUAUUUAUGAUUGAGAAGGAUGCGUUGUUCCUUUGAGUUAGAAUUUAGCAAUUUUAGCACCAGGGAAUUUGUCAGCUAGAAGAAUUUUAAUUUAUUUAAAAGUUAGGCCUAGUUGAAAAAGGUCCAUAAAGCCUGGGUGCCAAAAUUACCCAUUUUAUGGUGAUCAAGUAGAGUGACCAAUCCAUGACCUCUGCCAUUAUUCAUGUCAUCAAUAUUUUAGUUAUAGCAGAUUAAUAUUAUACAUGUGCCGUCAAUUUGUAAGAUAUUUAAGGUCAGCUUUCUUUUUUUCUUAGUUUUGAGAAUAAGAAUAGAAACCUAUUUAUUGUAAUUUUUGCAUUAUUGCAUCAGUAAGACAAUGUAAAUGUUCAAACAAUUAUUAUCAUCAGAUUGCCAAAUGGGUAAAUAAACAAAUGUUUCAGAUACAUGCAUAGUGUUACAUUAUUAGGCUACAUGUAACUUAAUUUAUAUCUGAAAGGGACCAUUAUACCCUCUGUUACUAAGCAAUGUAUUUUAUAACAUCACAUAUUUCUUAUUCUGAUUUGAUUAUUUAAAAAACUGCCAUACAUAUAUAUAGCUUGUAGUAUUUUAUUUUGCUUAUACAAGUUUGAGGUUCACAAAGUGAUGACUCCAGAUCUUCCAUUUUUACACAUUUCAACCAAUGUUUCUGAAUUUUGUGGAUUUUAAGUACCAUUUUGCUUAUUAGUGAUUGGGCGCUAAU